GUGUCGGCGACAUCAAAGCUGGGCAAUACCUCCAUCAUACCUUACUUUAGUCAAUCCUUUUUGAGUCCCUCUGCUAAUAACAAUUUUAUAUUGAGGGAAUUAAUAUUUGUUUUUCAUUUUGGAAACCCUUGAGAGGGUAAAUUGUGAGUUUCAUUGAGAUAAUGGCAAAUGACCUUGUGAAAACCCUAGGGGGUCUGAGGGUGGAUGGUCGUAGGCCUCUGGAACUCCGGAAAAUUGGAAUGAAAAUGGGAGUUUUUGGACAAGCUGAUGGCAGUGUUUAUUUGGAACAAGGAAAAACUAAAAUUCUCGCUGCAGUUUAUGGACCUCAUCAGACUCGAGGAAGUGCUGCCAGAAGUACUGUAAGUAAAUCAAUGAAGGGAAUAGUCAAUUGUCAAUACAGCAUGGCAGUGUUCAGCUUGAGCUCUGGAGAACGAAAAAAAAGGCCAAGGGGAGACCGAAAAACUCAGGAAAGAUCGAUUCAACUGAGACACGCCAUGGAAGCCAUUCUGAAUCUUGAGAAUUUUCCGAGGUCACAGAUUGAUAUUUUUAUAGAAGUCCUCCAGGUCGAUGGCAGCGAUUACUGUGCAGCUAUCAAUGCAGCAACUCUUGCAUUGAUAGACGCAGGAAUUCCCAUUAAAGAUUAUGCUAUCGGCUGCACAGUGACUCUCCCAGACGCUUCCCAAUCCUAUGAUGCCUCAGAGGUUGAGGGAGUUGGGGUUCUGGAUGCUAAUAAUCUCGAAGAGAAUGGUCCAGGGACGACUCUGUCAGUAGUUGCCCUUCCUGAGACCAUCAAUGAGGCCAGUAAAGAGGCUGGACUUAUCGUCAUAGCUCAGGCCAGUGGUCAGCGUCUGGACAUGACGAAAAUGGAGGGCAUGAAGACACGAGCCCUUUAUGGUUGUCAGAUCAUUAAAACCAUUCUCGAUAAAAUGGUUAGGCAACACCUCAUAACAAAUUCUCUACCCUCUUUAUUUGAUGUUAAAACCUUAGAAUAAAUUCACUUUUUAUCAACUUCAA